UUUGAUUGGCCGAUUCUGCUUGAAUCAGGUUGACAUGACGUCAUCGCGAAUAUAGCGGUGUAGCGGAGUGCGCGCGACCAUACUGUAAUUGACCAGCGCUCGGUCUGACGCGUUUCUGCUCCAUCCUCAAACACUGCAGUCAUGUCUGACUUCACGGAGGACCAGAUUUGUGAAUUUAAGGAGGCCUUCCUCCUGUUUGACCGAACAGGAGAUGGGAAGAUCAUGUACAAUCAGUGUGGGGAUGUGAUGCGAGCUCUCGGCCAGAACCCUGUCAAUGCUGAGGUCCUUAAAGUCCUGGGCAACCCCAGUAAUGAAGAUAUGAACAUGAAGAUGCUGGACUUUGAGCAGUUUCUGCCAAUGCUGCAGGCCAUCGCUAAGAACAAGGAUCAGGGCUCCUUUGAGGACUUUGUGGAGGGACUGCGGGUCUUUGACAAAGAGGGAAAUGGGACGGUGAUGGGUGCUGAGUUGCGACAUGUCCUCACUACACUAGGUGAGAAGAUGACAGAGGAAGAGGUGGAGACGCUCUUAGCAGGACACGAGGACGCUAACGGUUGCAUCAAUUAUGAAGGUACAAUAACACACAAGGUCUUUUUCUUCACUGAAGAUCAAGACCACAGUUGUAGUGUCUGCGUUUAAUCCAUAUGCCUUUCCUUCCGACAGCAUUUGUGCGCCACAUUAUGGCUGGUUGAGGAGAGGGUACGAAUAGUCCUCAGUUUGUUUUUAUACAUUCUUCUCUCCUGCAGCUCCCUCUGCGUCCCCUGGCUGUAGCCUAGCAUGUAGCAUUUCUGCAUGUGCCUAGGUGUCUCCUGACUACUAUUGCCUUUAUUGAGGCUGUGCCGGCACUAACACUAGUGUAAAGCUCAGUCAUGCCCAAACCAGUAACACCCCUUGAACUUUAAUCAGUGAAGCUAAUUACUUCUAGCAUAUUUAAAGUCUAAAAUGGAACUAGGAAAGUGGAUUCAGAUGGUCCUUUCUAGAAACUCUUACAAUACGCUCUUCUGUUACUUUAGUAGGCUUUGUAGGGAGGUGUAUUGUUGAUUCUAGUUUGCAGUCCUGUCACAUUGCUGUUCCUGCUUUGUCUCUUUUCUGUACUUGUGUAUUUAACUGUUCUCUCUACAUGCCUUUAUAAGGUAUGCUAACUCAUUUCUUUUAGGCCUGGACAAUGUCUCUUCCUCCCCUUUCAAAUCAUCCAGGGGCUUUUGCAUUACACCUCCUUUUAAUGCAGGGAAAUGUAGUUUGUCUGAACUACACCUACAGUCUAUUUUUGCGCGUGAUCUGAUCUGUGACUGUUUAUAAGUUUAAGUAUGUUGAUAUUCAUGGCUACAUUUAGUCACCUUGGGAUUAUGAGGUUCUAUCUUACUUUUUUUUAUUUUGUCAACUUUGACGUUACACAUUCCCACUCUGGUAAAUUUUAUUUACAUUAUAUAUUUGUUUUUGAUAAGUUGUGAAUAGUUUUGAGAUUCUUAUAUAGAAAGCAAAAAAGGUACUUUCUGUAAAGUCAAACUGUUAACUUGGUUGCGUUUUGGUCACAUAUGCACUGAGAUUUUAUCUAUGCAACCUCAAGAUAUAUUUGGGAGCAUUUGUACGUGUGAAUAAUUGUUGCCGUGCGACCAGUUUUUAAUGCAAAAUGUUCACCGGAUGAGCAGACUUAGGAGACAAUCACGCAGAAUGCAUCUUUGCACCUAAAAAUGUGAAAUGCAGCACUCAGGAAUAGUUUAAAACAGUCAUCCCGUCAACGUUCAACAGUAAACAAAUCCUGCAGUGCAGUGCUUCAAGCUCUUCUGAUUGGCGCACUGUUCUAGAACUGAACGCGAAUGGAUUGGUUAAUAUCAGCUGUCAAUUAUUCAGUCAAUGCUUUCUGUCUUCAGGUGACGGGGGUACAGCCACGAAAAUGUAAUGCAUUGUAGAUGAGGGGAAAAAAAGCACAGACAGAUUUUGUUUUAAAAACUACUUAAAGUUACAAAUAAUGACACAGCUGAUUAAUGAUACACUCUUCGAAAAGUGAAUAAGACUCUUAAAGCCAUUCACUUUAAAGUCUGUGUGAUGGAGUUUUUAACAGUGUCACUGAAUCUACAAAUUUUGAGUGCGAGAGGUUCUAUAUAAUCCUUCAUUUAAAGGCCAGGAUGAUUUCAAAUGCAAUAAAUCUGUUAAUAUAAAACUUGUAGUAACAGUGCACAUAAAUCUUGGUGGGUGUGACUAAAUUUGGCUGGUGCGACCACAUUUUUAAAGUUAGGAGCACCAGUGCUACUAAGCAAAAAAGUUGAUUUUGAGCCCUGAUGAGUGAUGUUCGGUUAAGUUUAUUGAAUAAAGGUAUUAAAAA